GAUGUGAACAUUGCCACAGUUCAGUCAGGUGAAAACGACAGUUCUAGUUUAACUUCUUCAAUUCAAUCUACCACUUGUACCUCUUCAAUUCUACAAGAUCUUUGUGGUGAUAUUGAUAGUAUGAUGACCUUUCGGUUGAUCAAUGUGACAGUGAUGAUGAUAUACAAAUAACUAAAGUUAGUCAUGGAAACAUUGAUAAGACAGCCUCUCUAGGGAAUUUAACUCAGGCUGAAUAUGAUAUCAUUGAAUCUCCAACUGGAUGGUUGGACUGCAGUGUCAUACAAGAAGCUCACAUUUUACUGAAGCAAGUAAAUCCCCUGAUCAAGGGAUUUCAAAGGACUAUGCUGGGACCAGUAAGAAACUUUGGUGUAGUAACAAGUGAUUUUGUGCAAAUUCUGCACACAGGUAACCAACACUGGGUCUGCGCUAGCUCUGUUUGUUGUUUACCGGGUAUAGUAAACUUGUAUGACAGCUUAUUCCAU